AUGCGGCUCUCGGACGGGAGGACCCUAGGCUAUGCCGAAUAUGGCUGUAAAACAGGCCAUCCGCUAAUGUUCAUGCAUGGCUACCCCCAAUGCCGUCUUGAAGCUUCAGCGAUAGACCAUGUCUUUCGCCAGCGCGGAAUUCGUGUGAUUGCCCCGGAGCGCCCAGGCUUCGGCCUCUCCACGGUCCAACCUAACCGACGCAUUAUGGACUGGCCCGCGGAUGUUCAAGCACUGGCUGACCACCUCGGACUCUCCCGUUUUGCAAUUAUGGGCGGCUCCGGCGGUGGGCCCUAUGCAUUGGCGUGCGCGCAGGCGCUCCCUCAAGAUAUGAUGUCCGCAGUCGGUGUACUUGCUGGGGCGGGCAACUGGAGGGCUGGGGCUCAUCAUAUGCCUUGGAUCUAUCGUGCAUCAAUGCUAGCGGCAGAACACUGGCCAGCCGGACUUCGGGGGUUCCUGACCUUUGUGGUGUGGAUGCUUAGAAAUGGGCUGAAUACACAAUUGGCAACUCGGAGAGUCGAUGAUUACCUGGCAAAGGACCAGGAUCAACAUGACGAAUCGGUCGAGGAACGAAGAGCUCAAUUGUUACGUAUAUUAUUCGAGCCUUUUGCACAGGGCGCUGGCCCUGCUGCAUUUGAGGCGAAGCUAUUGUCACAAGACUGGGGCAUCGAGUUCAGCGACAUUACUUACAACAACCUUCACAUCUGGCAUGCUGAAAAAGAUUGGAAUUCGCCGCUAUCCAUGACGGAGUACUACGUCAAACUUCUUUCGAAAACCCCAUAUUUUAAAGUGUUCGAAGGCGAUACACAUUUCACGAUUCACAGGCAUCUGGAUGAGAUCCUCUCAAAGCUGAUUCCCGAGAGCUCAUAG